AUGCUGCGCCACACCCAGCUGCGAAUAGGCAGGCCUCGUCUUCCCAUGCAACAACAUCCUGCCGCAUGCCUGGGGGGCAAAUGCUGCCCAUCCACACCCCCACUUACAUAUUCAAGAGCGCUGGCUUUUCCCAGCCCGCCGCCAACACCCCCCCUGCUAUUGCAGAAGUUGAAAUCGGCAACAUUUUUGGCCCCGCCUUCAACCCAAAGGGUAAUCGAGUCGGCCGCCCAACAGUGCCAUCCGCCACUCGACAACAAAAUUGAUGCUUCACUUCUACCAGAAGGGAAAUCUGAAAGAAUAAAGCCCGGAGCUCGACUCAUGAAUCCGCCUCCGACAAGAUUGCUGCCAAAUAUUUCGAUAUGCGACACAAUGGCGAAAACACUUCGCAGGAAUCCCCUGCGUUAUUCUUCUGCGGCCGCGCUUCCACCGAGAGAGCGGCCCAGCAGGCUUAUCGUAUGUAACGAAAAAGGCACAAUUCACACCCCGCUCUUCAUGGAUGAAGCGCCUUGGGCAAUUCCAACCCUCUAG